AAAACCCAACUAAUUUUCUGAAGAGCAAAACCAAGCAACACAACACAAACCAGUUGCAGAAGAAACACGGGAAUAGAGAGAGAAAAACUGAGAGUUACAGAGAGAUAGAUAAAACAGAGGGUUUCGGACAGAGACAGAGAAAAAAGGUGCUUCCUUGAUAUAGCAUCAAUGGCCAAAAACCAAGACUCUGAGAGAGUCUCAGUUUCAGCAUCACCCCAACCGCAAAGACCAGUCAUAACACUGCCACCGAGGCCUUCCGCCGAGGCCCUUUUCAGCGGCGGAUCUGGAGCCAGCCCGGGUCCGAUGACCCUGGUCUCAAGCUUCUUCCCCGACACAUACCCUGACUCAGAGUACAGGUCCUUCUCUCAGCUCCUGGCCGGAGCCAUGGGCUCGCCUAUGGGUUCCACAAGGCCAAUCCAAUUUAACGAAAACCCAGUUGAUGGUUCGGCCCAAUUAGAAGGAGGCUCUGAAAAUGGCGGUGAGAACAAUUCUGGGUUUAAGCAGAGUAGGCCUAUGAAUUUGAUGGUGGCUCGGUCGCCAUUGUUCACUGUUCCACCUGGAUUGAGUCCCUCUGGGUUGCUUAACUCACCUGGCUUCUUUUCACCUACGAGUCCAUUUGGAAUAUCACACCAGCAGGCCUUGGCGCAGGUUACUGCACUAGCCCAAUCUCGUAUGCAUAUGCAAGCUGAAUAUCAACCUUCGUCAGUAGGAGCUCCCACAGAGCCACAGGCAUAUCAUCCAUCCAUAAUGCCCAAUGAAGCAUCUCAACAGCAGACAUUACCUUCAACAUCUGACCAUAGAAGUUCCAUGAGGCAAUCAUCCGAGGCCUCUCAUUCUGAUAGGAAAUACCAACCUUCAUCUGUGGCCACUGAUAGGCCUGCAGAUGAUUGCUACAACUGGCGGAAAUAUGGGCAGAAGCAGGUUAAGGGCAGUGAGUAUCCUCGAAGUUACUACAAAUGCACACAUCUGAAUUGCCCUGUCAAAAAGAAAGUGGAGCGUUCUCCUAAUGGCGAAAUAACUGAGAUUAUAUACAAAGGGCAGCAUAACCAUGAAGCCCCUCAACCUAAACGUGGAAAAGAUGGUGGUGAUCUGAAUGGACACUUGCAUUCGCAGCCUAGGCCUGAAAAUGGAUUACAAAGAUUGGUUGGAGAUUCAAACGGGUCUAGUGAAAAUAUAGCUUCUCACUCAAUGCCCGAGAGGCAUCAAGAAUCUACUCAAGCUGCUCCUGGACAGUUACCAGGGGCAAGUGACAGUGAAGAGCUACGCGAUGGGGAAAUUAGAGAAGAGGGGGAUGCUGAUGAACCAAAUCCAAAGAGAAGGAACAUAGAUGUUGGGGCAUCUGAGGUAGCUUUGUCACACAAGACAGUGACAGAACCAAAAAUCAUUGUGCAAACAAGGAGUGAAGUCGAUCUUCUAGAUGAUGGCUACAGGUGGCGCAAGUAUGGACAGAAGGUGGUCAAAGGGAAUCCUCAUCCAAGAAGCUAUUACAAAUGCACUUAUGCGGGGUGCAAUGUCCGUAAGCAUGUUGAGAGAGCUUCCACUGACCCCAAAGCUGUCAUCACUACAUACGAGGGGAAACAUAACCAUGAUGUUCCAGCAGCUAGAAACAGCAGCCACAACACAGCCAAUAACAAUGUAUCACAGUUAAAACCACUGGCGGUUGUGGCAGAGAAGCAUCCCCUUCUUAAAGGGAGAGAAUUUGGAAACAAUGACCAGAGACCAGUACUUCUACAGCUAAAAGAAGAGCAAAUCUUUGUGUAAAAUGCUCCGCUGAAAUUGAUUAUGGAAGUAAAGGUGAGCAGUCAAGUCCAACCAACUAACAUUGUGCAAAAUGAAUGAAUACAGAAAAUAAAGAAAGGCCUAGAGAGGUUUUUGCGUGGUGAUUGUUGCUGGUGUGUGAUCUGUUUUGAUAAAAUGCAGAAAGUUUUGCUGUAGGCCCUACAUGAUUUGUAAAUUUGAAUGCAGAAAUAGGGUCGUAUAGAAUUAUUUCACACUGAAAUGGGAAUACAAGUAUACCUACUCAUGUAUAAAUUUACUUUUAAUAUAUUCUUAGUCUUGUUUAUUUC